CGUGAGGCAGUGCAUGACUUCUUUGGAAGCAAUUUUCGUUAGUAGCAAAUCAGUUGGGAUCGACAAUUAGUCGUCUAAGCACCUAGAGUAGAGCGAACUAUCAUUAAAAUAAAUUUUUUUCAAAUUCUUUUCUACAUUGGAACAAGAAGUACUGAAACCAAAACUCAUUCGCUCUCGACAUCUCAAACUAUCCUCACAACAUUUACUAAAUAUUUAUUGAUAUUUUUUGGUUUUGGAUUUUUUUCUCUCUCAAACGAAAAGUGUUUUUCAACCUAAAAGAAAAAAAAGAAUUUCAGCGAUUUUUUCUAAAGUGAAUUCAUCGAGUUUUUUCUUAAAACAAUUCAAUUCAAGUUUUUUGAAGAAAACAAAAAGUUGUCAUUGCUGAAGCACAUCAAGAACUUAGACAAAAAAAAAAAACGUUGCGUUUUCAAAGUGCGAUCGAAAUUAGUGAGAAAGUUUUUUGGAGUUUUGUACAAUGUCGUCAACUUCUUCAUGCAGUGAAAUCAGCAUAGACGAUAUUCAAACCAGGAGUCAAGCAGAUUUUGCGUCUGCUUUGGAAAUCAAUUUGAAACAAGAGCGAUCUUCAAGUAUUUCACCAAUGCUAACGCCACCACACACACCGAUCGAGGACGCAUCAACAUUAGCCAAUAUCGCCCGCCAGCAGCACUUGUACGAAAUGGAACUCUUGAGACAGCAAACAUCGCAAUACCAUUUGAUGCAGGCCAAACACGAACAUGAGAGCCCAAUGCCAGCAGCAUUCAAUCAUUUGCACCAUAUGCCCGCCGCCGCUCUGAAUGUCCAUCAGCACCAUCAGCAACAGCAUCGCCUGUGGUUGCAAUCACAAGUACAAAACGCCACAUUGAACAUGCAAAGCUACACACAAUUGUACCCAGUUAUGCCAAAUCCGUCUGCAAACCCUUUGAUGGACCAAUGGAUUCGUAAAGUGGCAUUCCACCAACAGCAGCAACAGCAACAUCAUCAACAACAACAACAGCAAAUGGGUCAACGCGGUGGCCAACGUAUGGCACAUGCAGCUAUGCGAGUUGGACCAAUCAAAGUGGCCGGACCAAAUGGAACACGACCAAAGAAGCAGUUUAUCUGCCGCUUCUGCAAUCGCCAAUUCACCAAAAGCUAUAAUUUACAAAUCCAUGAGCGUACCCACACCAACGAACGUCCAUUCCCGUGCAAUAUUUGCGGCAAAGCUUUCCGUCGACAGGAUCAUUUGCGCGACCACAAAUACAUCCAUUCAAAGGACAAGCCAUUCAAGUGUAACGAUUGCGGUAAGGGCUUCUGCCAAUCACGAACACUGGCCGUUCACCGUGCUACACAUUCCGAAGACAAUGGCAUCAAAUGCCCGGUGUGCGAUCGAACAUUCACACAACGCACCGCACUCAAGACACACAUGCAAUGUCACACAUCAGCCGCCACCGAAGCCGCAUUGAAAUCAAUGCCAAGCGCAAAAAUUUCAUCAACAACACCAUCAGCUCCAGUUCUCGAUCUAUCACAUAAAAUCACCAUUGACACACCAUCGACCAGCAACCUAAAACCAAAAAGAGGUUUCACAAUAGACGAAAUCAUGCAACGCUAACCUGUAAAAUGUUUCUCUUUGAACAAUAAUAACAAAACUGUUUUAUUUUUCCUUUAGAAAGCAAACAAAAGAUAACCAAAGCUGGUAAACAUUCUCAAGACUGAAACAAUUUAUUUGAAUAUAAACAGCAAACAAUCUAUUAUUUGUUAUUACUUUUAAUUUUUCAAUUUCGCUAUCGGCUAAGUAAUGUAAAUAGACACAGAGUUCGAAAGAAAGAAGAAAAAAAACGGCGGAAUUUUAAGAGUUUAGAGUAACAAUGUUAAGAGAAAAUUACACUAUAUAAAUGUUAGAAAUAAUAAACACCGACACAAAAAAUUGUAUAAAAAUAAAUCAAAAUAUAUCUAUUUUAUUUGUAGUAUAGUGAAUAGUUUCGAAACAAGUUCAAUCUCUAAUUGUCCACAUUGCAUAUAUAUUCAUUGUAUCCAAAAGCAUAAAUUUACAAAACAACAAAACAUUACAUCAAUUAUUUAUUGAAUAAAACUGAGUUACCAUAAACAUAUGAAUGAAAAAAUAAAACACGAAUUUGUUUUGAUUAAAUGAAACAUAAUGACGGUCCGUCACAGCAACCGCUUGAGAGAUAUAUGUGAGAAAGGCGUGAGUUAAAUUUUCUUUGCAUCUAUUUGUUUGUUUUGCUGUAUGGUAGUUUCAAGGGUGACCAAAAUAGAUUCUCAAACCAA